AUGUGGCAUCUCAACGAACCAUUGUUCCAAAAGGAUUUUUUGUCAGAGUUGCCAGAGGAGAUUGCUUAUCGUAUCAUCGCCCAUUUGACAACCCGCGAUUUGAUGACUUGUGCUGGCGUUUCGCGGGCGUGGCGGCGGCUUUGUGAAGAUGAUCGGACGUGGCGACAGGAAUGUUUGGAGAGAGGAUAUGUGAAAUUUGAUGCGCCAAGCUUUCAUUUUCUCGGAGGUUGGGCGGACAAUCGAGCAGAUGAGCAAGCGGGAAUCACCAUCUGUUCACAUAUGGACCUUCAAGAAGCACAUCAGAAUCGACGAGAACGCGAGAACGCAUAUGGACAAUGCUAUGAGCGAUCGUCAUGGAAGUCGCUGUACUUGCGGAAGAAGCGAAUCAUUUCAAAUUGGCGAUCCCGAGCGAUUCAAUCAAGCACUGUCCAAGAGGUUGAUAAAGGGAUCUUUCGUCUACAAGUUCACUCUGGUCGUAUUCUUACUUGUUUUGAUGACACUACGUUGCGGGUCUGGAAUGUUGAUGAUGCUCAACCAGCUUUCACUCUAACGGGCCAUAUGGGUCAGAUUUUGACAUUUCAAGUGAGCGAUGAUGGCGAAUACAUUGUCAGUAGCGGGUUUGAUGAAACGGUGCGCGUUUGGUGUGGUCAAACCGGUGCACAGCUUCAUGUUUUGCAGGGGCAUACGGAUUUGAUUCCAUGCAUGAGUCUACAUGGCACAACUCUUGUUUCUGGAUCAUCGGAUCAAACGCUGCGAGUCUGGGACAUUGUCGACGGGAAAUGCCUUCACAUUUUGACUGGCCACUUGGCGGAGGUACGUUUUGUGCUAUUUGAUGGAAAACAGGUUGUUUCUAGUGCUGAUGGUGAUGAUUUUAACGUAAAGGUUUGGAAUGCACACACGGAGGAGUGUUUGUACAUGUUGACGGGUCACACGGAUAUAAUUCUUUCACUUUUGUUUGAGUCAGAGCGUGAUCUUGUCGUGUCGGGUAGUCGUGACGGAACGAUUCGCGUCUGGGAUGUGCGAAGACGAACAUGCAUCGCACAUCUUGUCUUUCAUCAAGGGUCACGGCUCAGUAGUUACUUUGAGAUGCAGUUUCGCGGAAACAUUUUGGUCUCCUAUUACGACUCGAAACUUAAGGUUUGGGACAUUCGUGACGGUGGCUCGUUCACUCAUCGUUUACAAGAGGCAAAUCGUCGCACGUCGAACGUCACUUCAUUGCAAUUGCUUGACCACGGACUUUUGGUGACGGGUUCGAUGGAUGGCUCGGUCAUGCUGUGGGAUGUGGAUAAAGGUAUCUUCGUUCGUGAUCUCGUUCGUUUUGCAUCAUGUGGAUAUGGCGGUUACAAUUGGCUUCUCAAAGCGAGUGAAACAUUGCUCGUGGGUGCAUUUGAAGCGAGAUCGGAAAGGAGCACAAAUCUGAUCUUGAUCGAUUUUGACGCAGCGUAUCCA